UCUGAAGAAGACAAUGACAUCAGAGACUGCAGCACGCAGCGCGGCGCCAUCUCGGAGAGUCUGCGUGUGGACGCCCCUGGCUCCUCCCACACGUCAAGUCACAGCGGAGAGCUGCGCAUCCUGAGCGUUUACGGACAAGGGAAGGGCCCACUGGCGGUGGAUGGCCAUGACACCCUCUUUGCCGCAUCAGAACUGGAGGCCUUGAGCUCGCUGUCCGCUGACCACAGCGUGGCCAAGAGCCUGAACUGCAGCGUGAGGCUGGUCCGCCUUGAGGAGCUGACUGGGCAUCAGGGCGGCCGCAAGGGCCGGCCCGGUGUCUUGUGUGGAAAGGUUAUUCCCAACAAUGCCAACAUGAUCAUCCACAUGAUGCCUCACUUUGGGGAGAAGCCCUACAAGUGUGACCAAUGCACAAAGUGCUUCAGUCUGAAAGGCACCUUGAAGAUCCACCUGAGGACUCACUCUGGGGAGAAGCCCUACAAGUGUGACCAAUGCACAAAGCGCUACAGACAGCAAGGCGACCUGAAGACCCACAUGAGGACUCACUCCGGCGAGAAGCCCUACAGGUGUGACCAAUGCAUGAAGUGCUUCCGUCAUGGCGUCUCCCUGAAGUUCCACAUGUCGACUCACACCGGGAAGAAGCCCUACAGGUGUGACCAAUGCAGGAGGAGCUUCAGUCGGAAAGACAACCUGAAGACCCACAUGUGGACUCACUCCGGGGAGAAGCCCUACAAGUGUGACCAAUGCACGAAGCGGUUCAGUCUGAAAGGCACCCUGAAGAUCCACCUGAGGACUCACUCCGGCGAGAAGCCCUACAGCUGUGACCUAUGCACGAAGUCUUUCUGUCAGAAAGACUACCUGAAUAGCCACAUGAGAACUCACUCCGGCGAGAAGCCCUACAAGUGUGACCAAUGCAUGAACGGCGGCUGGUGA